AUGUCAGCUACCAUCCAAAAGAAUGGUUUGCGUCAGCAUUUCCUCAAUUGGUAUAACAAUACCACGCUGGUAAGGACUGAUGCCCAGAUUCAGCGCGAAAGAUAUCUGUUUGGAACCUUGGGGAUUGAAAGCGGGCCUGAAUUCAAUCGAUGGACUUUACUUCCUGCUGCAGUUUUGAUUCAAUUGUCAGUUGGAUCGCUAUAUGCCUGGUCAAAUUAUAAUUCACCUCUCGACGCUUUAAUGUGGGGAGCCGACAAUUUCAAGGCCAACCCAUCUCUCGCUCAAGCACCCAACGUCUUUUACGUUGCAGUCGGAUUCUUUGGUCUGAGUGCCGCUACAUUGGGACCAUGGUUGGAACGUAGAGGGCCAGUACAAGCUCUCCUCCUCGGUGUCACCUUAUUCAUGUUGGGACACAUUGUCGCUGCCAUUGGUGCUUUUACUCAAAUUUACGCUCUGGUCUUCCUUGGUUAUGGAUGUAUCGCUGGUAUUGGAUUCGGUUUGACGUACAUCAGUCCAGUGUCGCCUCUGCAGAAGUGGUUCCCUGAUAAGCGUGGUCUUGCGUCUGGAUUUGCUGUUGCUGGAUUUGGUGGAGGAACGACUGUUGCCUCCUACUACAUCUCCUACUUGAUUACCACCUAUGGUGUUGGUUACUCCUUCUUGAUAACUGGUAUCACAUAUGCCGGUAUCAUGUACACUCUCAUUCCAACCUUCCGUGUCCCACCUCCAGGCUACAUAGUCAAGAACAUUGCCGUCGAUGUCGUCAAGGGCUCUGAAUCUGAAGUCGUCGUUGUUAGCCCCACCAGCAACACAGUCACUAGUCCAACCAGACGCACUUUUGAGAAAUCUGAGAAAGGAAUCGCUGUCGUGCAAGAAGACACCAACAUUGCCAUCAAGGAUUUAUUCAACCGUCGUGACUUGCUGCAAUUGGUUACUUCCAUGGACUUUAUUCUCAUGUAUCUGAUGCUCAUGGCCAACAGUAUCACUGGUCUCUUGAUUGUGUCUCGUUUGUCAAACAUGGUUCAGCAGCUGUUUGGAAAGCCAGCUUAUGAGGGAACCACCAUGGUUGCCAUCAACUCUCUAGUCAACAUGGCUGGUCGUAUUAUUUUUUCGUCCAUGUCUGACAUGUUCGGUCGUCGCCCCAUGUUCAUCUUCACGCUUACCGUCCAAAUUGCUUCUAUCUAUGGUAUACUGGCCUCAGCACACCAAGGAGUCUAUGGCGGUUUCCUCUUCUGCAUCUUCGCCGCCACCAUGUGUUACGGCGCUGGAUUCGGUCUCAUCCCCGCCUUCUUGGCCGACAUGUUUGGUGCCAAAAUGACUGGUGCCACUCACGGAUUCAUCCUUACUGCUUGGUCAUUCGAUGGUGUUGUCGGUGGUCUCAUGUUCACCGCCAUCUACAAUUCCCAAAUCCACAAAAUCCCAGGAACCACUCUCGUUGACCCAGCAUCAUACGAUAUCGACUUUUACUGGGUCUCUGCUGUUGUCAUGAUGGGCUGGAUUGUCACUGUUUUCUUUGUCCGCACAGACCUUAAAGCCCGUUUCUUGCCACUACACAAGGGUGAAAUCAUUCGAUCAAGGUUGUUUGGAUCUCUCUUCUUGAUUGGUACUUUUGGCAUUCGACGAAUGACUAAAAGUGAAGAAGAAAAAGAAUGGAAUGAAUAUCUCAUCAAGGCUAGAACUGGACAAGUUGUUGUUGGGAAACUGCUCAAUGGUGGUCGUCCACGUGGUGUCCUAGCUUGA